AUCACAAGCUAACACGUUUCAGUACAGGGAAGUGGAUACUGCAUUCACUUCCUGCCAUAGAGAUUAUGCUUCCUGCUAGCUCAGCUAAGGCGUGUUUAUGCCUCAGCUAAGCUUCACUGCAGAGUAACCACCGGAGAGGGUACACAGAGGGAGAAACUGACCAGUUUUGCUGAAGAGGUGCAGCAGGACACCGCGAAAAGAGAUUACCUGCUGACAGGAUACAAUGAUACAUAAGAACUUCUCGACUCUAAUCUGAUAAAGGAUAUCACAUCAAAUUGUUCUCUCUUUUACACUGAGAAGGGAAAAAGAAAAGAAAAAUGAAAAAACAGUUCAAUCGGAUGAGGCAACUAGCCAACCAACAUGUUGGCAGGGCAGAGAAAACUGAGGUCCUAAGUGAUGACCUGUUGCUGAUAGAGAAACGAUUGGAUGUAGUGAGAGUGGUUUCCCACAAUACUCAGAAACGGCUGGUAACAUGUUUACAAGGUCAGAUUGGGACAGACGCAGAGAAGAGACAUAAAAAGCUCCCAUUAACAGCACUUUCACAAUGUAUGCAGGAAGGGGGUAGUCUGCUAGGUGAAGAGUCUCUUAUUGGUAAAAUGAUGGAAGCCUGCAGCGACGUGGAGAGCAAGCUGGCCAUGGAGCUGUCGCAGCACGAGGUGCAGAUAGAGAAGGACGUCCUGGAGCCACUGAACCAGCUCGCAGAGGUGGAUAUUCCAAACAUCCAGAAACAGAGGAAGCAAUUGGCGAAGAUGGUACUGGACUGGGAUUCAGCUCGAGCCAGGUGGAACCAGGCUACCAAGUCCAUCAUUUCAGGAACCAAUUUCCAAGCACUGACAGCCAAAGCAGAGUCACUCAAAGACGAAAUGGUUGAGGCAGGCAACAAAGUAGAGCUGUGCAAGGACCAGCUUGCAGCAGAUAUGUAUAAUUUCUUUUCUAAAGAAGGGGACUAUGCACGCUAUUAUGUAAUGUUAUUAGAAGAACAAGCAGAGUACCAUAGAAAGGCUUUAGCAGUGUUAGAAACGGUCCUGCCGACCAUCCAAGCCCAGCAAGAUUCAUGGACGGAGAAGCCAGCCUUCGGUACUGCACUGGAAGACCAUCUCAAACGCAGUAACCGGGAGAUAGCUCUGCCCAUCGAGGCCUGCGUGAUGAUGCUGUUAGAGACUGGCAUGAAGGAGGAGGGCUUGUUUAGGAUUGCUGCCGGACAAUCCAAGCUAAAGAAACUGAAAGCUGCCCUCGACUGCUCCACCUCCCAGCUCGAGGAGUUUUACUCAGACCCUCACGCUGUCGCCGGUGCACUGAAGUCUUACGUGAGAGAGUUGCCGGAGCCCUUAAUGACCUUCCACCUGUAUGAUGAAUGGAUCCAGGCAUCAAACGUCUCAGACCCAGAUAAGAAACUGCAGGCUCUCUGGGUAACCUGUGACAAACUGCCAAAGCCUAACAAAGCAAACUUGAGGUAUCUAAUCAAAUUCCUUGCAAAGCUAGCACAGGAAAGUGCCGUCAACAAGAUGACCCCUAGCAACAUUGCAAUCGUGUUGGGACCUAACCUGCUGUGGGCUAAAAAUGAAGGAACGCUUGCUGAGAUGGCAGCAGCUACUUCAGUCCAUGUGGUAACAAUUAUUGAGCCAAUCAUCCAGCAUGCAGAUUGGUUCUUCCCUGAAGAGAUUGAUUUCAACGUUUCCGGGAUGUUUGCCCCGAUUCCCAGCAAUCACACAAACCACCACGGGAGCGAGUUUGACUGUGGGACGCUGGAAAGGAAGAGGCCAGUCAGCAUGGCCGUGCUGGAGGGGGAUUUGAUAAGGAAAGACAGCUUGGGUGGUAAACUAUUGGAUCAGACUCCGCGUAGAGGAGGCACUCUUAAUAGAAAGCACACGUCCCCUGCCUUCCAGCCCCCCCUGCCCCCUGUGGAGCCUGGGGGGGUGCUGCCACAGCCUGUUGCCGAGCAACAGCUGCAGGCUCAGCCAAUGGGCGCAGGCCCUGAGAUCAGCCAAUCAAGCUGUGCUCAGGGUCAGCUUUCUAAUACUGCAGCAGAGCCACCAUUAAUACCAGUAACUGAGGAAUCCAGCUCUUCAAAACCAAAAGACACGGCGUCCACACCUCCACCCUUGCGGAAUGGUGGCAAUGUUGCAGCUGCAGGUCAGAGCCAGCUUCACUCUGCGGGCACCACUGCCAACCAGCUGAGUGCAGGGCACACACAGAACACCACAGGGCCCAGCCCGCACAUGAUCAGGAGAGCUACAAAGAAGCCUGCUCCAGCCCCACCAAAACCUGGAAACCAUCCCCCUGCACAACCUGGCAGCCAAGGACCUCCUUCAGCAGCCAAUCAGCUGUUUACCCAGUCUCCCAAGCAAUCUGCUAGCCAGGGGACAGGCCAUUCACCUCCCAGCCAGCCCACCAAUCAGGGUUCAGUUCAGCCCCACUUUACUGCCCAGCCCUCUGUCCAACCACGCAGACAUUCGAGCAAUCCACUUACAUUCCAGGCCCCGAGCCAUCCUCCCCCACAGCCUCCAACCCAGGCCACGCCUCCAACACAGCCCAAAGCCUUCAGCCAGGCCACCGGGGGCUCCAGUGAGUCAGGACCAGAACAGUCUCCUCCCAGGACCCCCACACCUCCUGACACCCCUCCCUUAGUCACACACGGAGGGACACCUCCUCCAGCAGCAGCCAUCCAGCCUUCACCCACCAGUGGCCACGACAGCCCCCAGCUCUCCUCACCGUUCCAGUCCAACACCCUGCCCAGGCCGCGACCCGUACCGAAACCCAGACACAGGCCGAGCGUGCCCCCGCCACCACAGCCUCCUGUUAAUGAAAACUCCAACGGCAACGGCAACGCCAACACGGCUUCCAAAAUAAUCACAGAUUCCAGUAACACUGUGCAAGGGCAGCCUUGCAGCUUCAUCCCUGAGCUUCCUGUGGAACAAGUGACUCCUUUGGCCGGCCGAGAGCUUAAUCACCAGCUGCAGGACACUGACCAUGACACAGAGAGCACUGCGUUGUGAAGCAGAGCACUAUCACUUAAACCUCUCUCCAUUCUCGCAUGCUGAAAGCAAACCCUCUUCCGAAUUAUCAGAAUCAACAACUUCUCUAACAUUUCUGCAGCAUGCUUUCCAGUGAAUCGUGGCAGUACCUUUCAAACAUCGCCUGCACCUAAAUGCUACACCUGGGCCAUGGUAUAUCCUAGAUUUUGCUUUCGAACUGCAACAUCAUGGGAAUGUUGACUGUACUCUAUGAAAACCACUUGGCUGCAAAAGCCUUAUACAUAGGACACUUCAAUAUCUGUCGGUGUUGGGAUACAUUAGCAACAAUACUGUAGGUAACAAAAAUGCACUAUCCAUGCUGGUGGCUAUCAAACAGGCUACUGGAUAAAAAAAUAAUAAUAAUAAUAAUAAUUUAUGCCACUGUCCUGGAAUUCUUGUUUUUUCAUGGAACAUUGAGAUUAAUCUUUUUUUUUCCUUUUAAAGAAAAUGUGGUUUAAGACAGAAGAUGAUUUUGAAGAGACAUUCCCUCUCACUCUUGCUGCAGGAAAUAAAGUAAUAGAACAAAUAAAAAGUAUAAACCAAAAACUAUGCAUCUUAAGUUCUGCUGGCGACUGCUGGGUACCAGUUGUCAGUCGAUCUGUGGUUGAAUUCUAGUGCCUUCUUUGAUUGUUUUACGGUUUGUGGAUUGAACCUCCUUGUUCUUGUUUUGAAACCAUUUAAUUGCUAAGUUUUGUUUCUGUCUCUCUCUCUCACUCACUUUGUGUAGCAAUUUAAUAAUCAUUUAUUUUUAAAAAAUCACAUAAUAUUUCAUUCAUUUUAUAUACAUGAGUUCUGUGUAAAUAUGACUGGCCAAAUGUUUUUGUUGCUUACUUUAGAAAUUGUACCUAAUUGUUAGAGAUGUCUUGAAAAUUCAGAUUUGACUUUCCCUUUAAGAAAAAUGUUCAGUUACAAUAUUCAGUCACUAGGAGUUGUGCACUAUGUAAGAAUCCCAUUAGUGUUCAGUAAAAUCUUAAGGGAUUUUCAACAUCCUCCCCCCCCCCCCCCCCCCAAUCCAUCUACAAAUUCAUUUUUGCAUUUCAUUUACACAGAAAAAAUCCACUGAGCUGUUUUAAAAAGCUACAUCAUUUUGUUUUCUAUAGCAUACUUUAAAGCUGGGAUUACAAACUGAUUACUGACAAAUACAGUAUCUAAUUAAAACCUAGCAAUGAAGUGGUAGGGGACACAUUUAAGGAUGGAAAAGCUUCCAGUUUUCUCAACUUUUUUUCUGUUACUGGUAGCAGAGCAUAAAUGGUACCAAGGGCCAAAACUGUUUGUUUGUUUGUUUUGUUUCAAAGGCACCCUCAAAUUACGGUUUGUAUUUAAGUUAUCAUCAUGGCAAUCUAUAUAGGAUCUUGCUAACAUUACCUGUAACGAGUUGGCCCUUGCCUUGUCGCGGUUUCUGUUUAUAUAAAGUGCACUUCUGAUCCUGUGUCUUGUUUUGCAUACAGGACAAUUUGGUAAAGGCUUUGAAAUGAAACACUGAUACACAUCUAUGUUAUUUAGACUGAUCUUUUGGGCUCAGCAGUCCAUUUAUAACAAUAAAAUAUUCUGAAGAAAUGCUUAACAAUAUUAUAUUUCAAAAUAAAAUGAACCAUUGUUGCUCCAA